AGCGACAGCAGCGGCAGCUACGUUGACAGCGACGCUGGCAGCAUGCCAUUGAAAAACAAAAGCAACAGCUGUUGCCGUCGCAGCGCAGUCGCCGCACGAUCAACGCCCCCUCUCUCUCUCGCUCGCACUCUGGACGCGCGCCGUUCGAGCUGCCCUCCCACUCCCACCUCCACCCACUGAUUAGAGGCCUUUGCAGUUUGUCGCCGCCGCAGUUUUGUAGCAAAGGCAACAGAGAGAGAGAGAGAAAGGGAGAGAGCUAUAAUAGGCUGUGCUCUCUUUCUCAAUUGGAUUCCUGGCUGACGACGCUUCCGGUUACACGGGGGAAAAAGUUGGAGGAACUUUGACUUGGAAAUUUGGCUAUCCAACUUCAAAAAUGGCCAGAAUAGCCAGAAAUUUGUCAACGCUGGCUAUCUGUUCACGUGAACUGCGCAUGCGUUUCCCGCUGCGGUCAACACCCGCCUUUGCCUCCGUCACCGUCACCGUCUCCAUUUCAGUCCGUCGAUCGUCGUCCGUCGUCCGUCUUCUGGUGUUUGCUCGCAUUUAACGAGGCUUUUUCGCGAGCCUCUCUCUCUUGCCGGCUGCAUUCAAAUUGGCUUAGGCGACGGGCAGGCAAUGGCGGGGCCAUAAAGCCCGUAAACCGAAUAAAAGCUACACAAACGAAACACAAACGAAACACCCGUAAAACUUUGAUCUUCGAUAGCGAUCGAAAUGGCCAAGCCGGCGAAGAUUAGGAGCCCAGGAGGUAGAUGGUCAGCCCUAAAAAGCCGUGGCUAGAAGAAGAGCCAGCGACGCGUGGCAGCGAUAACCGACUUAGUGGAUACCCCAAAAGUCCUGUAUCAACCAUGGCCAAUUGGUUUCGGUUUCUGAAACGCGAUCAGCAGUUGAAUGUGUAUUUUUUUGCCGUGCCCAAGCUCAGCCUGGACAUCAUGGGCUAUUGGCCGGGAAAUAUAGACAAUAGACUGCCCAGACGGUCCAUUGUCCACUUCGUGAUCCUAGCCAUUGGAGUCAUCACGGAAAUCCAUGCAGGAUUGCGUUUUUUGGAUCAACAGCAGAUUACCUUGGCCCUGGAGACCCUUUGUCCAGCUGGAACUUCUGCGGUUACACUACUGAAGAUGUUCUUAAUGCUGCGCUAUCGCCAGGAUCUGUCGGCCAUGUGGAAACGUCUGAGGAGUCUCCUCUUCGAUCUCAAGGCAGAGCAACCAGAUCAGCGGGAAAUCCGAUUGAGACACUCGAUUAUGGCGGCCCGGAUCAAUUUCUGGCCUUUGUCCACUGGAUUUUUCACCUGCACUACAUACAACCUGAAACCGAUCCUCAUUGCCAUCGUCCUGUUCCUCCAGCAUCGAAGCGAGGACUUCGUCUGGUUCACACCCUUUAAUAUGACAAUGCCCAGAGUUCUGCUAAGCUCUCCAUUUUUUCCACUGACCUACAUAUUUAUUGCCUACACUGGUUACGUAACCAUCUUUAUGUUCGGAGGCUGCGAUGGUUUCUAUUUCGAGUUCUGUGCUCAUUUGUCGUCUCUUUUCGAGGUGCUUCAGGCGGAAAUAAGAUCAAUUUUCAAGCCCUAUAAAGAUCACUUGGAGCUUACGCCAUUGCAGCUUUAUAACUUGGAGGAGCGAAUGCGAGCGGUGAUUAUCAGGCACAAUGCCAUCAUUGAGUUGACCAGAUUUUUCCGGGAGCGUUAUACGAUUAUUACCUUGGCUCAUUUUGUAUCGGCUGCCAUGGUGAUUGGUUUCAGCAUGGUGAAUCUCUUGGCAGUGGGUAACAAUGGCCUGGGCGCCCUACUCUACGUGGCCUAUACGAUUGCUGCCUUGAGCCAACUGCUGGUCUAUUGCUAUGGCGGCACUCUGGUGGCCGAAAAUAGUACGGAGCUGUGUCGUGUGGUGUUCUCCUGCCCAUGGCAGCUGCUGAAGCCUUCGCAACGUCUCCUAGUCCAGCUUUUGAUCCUGCGAUCCCAAAGACCCAUGUCCAUGGCAGUGCCCUUCUUCUCACCUUCGCUGGCCACCUUUGCUGCGAUCCUACAGACGUCUGGCUCUAUUAUUGCCCUGGUUAAGUCUUUUCAGUAGAUUGUAAUAUUCAAAU